GACAGGCAGUAACAGAGAAAGCAGCCAUGACUGAUGUUGGGGAAAUUAUCAAAGCUCUUAAUGAUUUCGGCCGAUUCCAGCAUUGGCUGGUACUGAUGAUCACUAUAAUUUCACCCUUCGGUGGUUUUCAUAUGUUCAGCCAAUUAUUCAUGGUCAUUCCAGUGCCUCAUCACUGCAACACUAAUUGGUUGGAUGCCAUCCACUUGAACUUGACCGAAGAGGCGAAGCUGAAUUUAACCAUUCCCCGAAAUCCUGACGGGACCUUAGAGCCAUGCCUCAUGUAUACGCCUAUGGAAACCAACCCAGAGACCAUCCUGCAAUCUGGAUUGAACUCAACAGAGAAGUGCCAAGAUGGAUGGGUUUAUUCUUCCAAGCCAAAACCUUCUCUGAUUACCCAGUUUUCCUUGGUAUGUGAUAGAGAGGAUUUAAUUGGCAUCUCCCAGUCCAUCUUCAUGUCGGGCCUCCUCGUCGGAGCCGUGGUGUUAGGACCGUUGAGUGACUGGUACGGCCGACGGCCCAUCGCCUUGUUGUCUUUGUUCUUGGAAGGUGCCGCGGGAGUUGCGGUUGCCUUUGCCCCCAGUUUCUACCUCUACUGUGGACUCCGGUUUCUGCUGGGAGCAGCUCUCUCUGGGAUCAACAUAAGCAGCACAGCUCUGUGCACCGAGUGGGUUGGCAUUGCCUAUCGUCCACACACCAUCAUCACCAGCCAUGUGACUUUCGCUUUGGGACAGAUGAUCCUGGCAGGCUUAGCGUAUGGCCUCCGGGACUGGCGGCAUCUUCAGAUUGCCGGUUCUGCCCCGAUUUUUGUUUUCUUUUUCUACAUAUGGGUCCUUCCUGAGUCUGCCCGGUGGCUCGUGAUGAAAGGCAAAAUAGAGGAUGCUAAAAGGCUUCUCCAGAAAGCAGCUUCGGUGAACAAGCGAACCAUCCCUCCGAAACUCUUGGAGCAGCUAACACCUAAACAAAAACCCAACUCUUCAACGGUUUUGGAUCUCAUUAGAAACCCCCAAUUAGCAAAGAUGACCCUGAUAAGUUCCCUCAUCUGGUUUGUCAAUAGCUUGGCCUACUAUGGAUUAAGCCUGAACGUUGGCAGCUUCGGCCUGAAUAUCUACCUGACUCAGGUCAUCUUCGGGGCCGUUGAAAUCCCCGCCCGGAUCCUUUCCGUCUUCCUGAUGCAGCGUUUUGGAAGGAAGAAGUGCCAAUCACUCUGCCUCCUCCUUGGGGGGACCUUUUCCCUUCUGAUCAUCGCUGUCCCCAAAGAUUUACCUGUGGUAACCACAUUGCUGGCUGUCCUUGGGAAGUUUACAAUGGCAGCAUCGUUUUCAACAUCCUAUGUAUAUUCUGCAGAGCUGUUCCCCACUAUUAUCCGGCAGACUGGACUCGGAGUAUGUCAGAUGACCGCCAGAGUAGCUGGAAUCAUCUCCCCACUGGUGGACCUCCUGGAGAAAUAUAGCACCUCUCUGCCCGUGGGUGUCUUCGGAAGUGCAGCUGUCGUUGGCGGGGUCUUUUCUCUCCUUCUUCCCGAAACACUCGGCAAGGAGCUUCCCGAUUGUGUGGAUGACCUGACUUGCAAAUCAAGGAAGGGCAAGAAAACCAAUGACAGCGUGGAAAACGGAUGCGCAAAACCAAAUAAAGACAGUUGCCUUAGUGAAAGGAUAACAACCACCCAUUUCUAAGUCAAUGACGGAUUGAGUCAGCCUGUCAAGGACACAGACUGGAGAAAAAUUGGUAGAUUUCUCUGUACUGUGAGCAGAGGAGGCAAACGUUGGUGGGCUUCAUUAGAGAGUACAUUUUAAGCUACAACAUAACACAGUUCAUGUGAUUUGACUUGCUGCAAUCCAGGUCGUAAAGUGACGGAUAAAGUCAGCCGCUAUUUAAUCAAGAAACCAUGGUUUAUCAUAAUGUAUACUUCAUUUUUUUUAGUUUUUAUUUUUUUAAUUUCCAUACAAAGAACCACACAUACAACCAUUACAUAACCAACACUAUUUUAUAUUAUUCAAUGUUAUGUCAAUUCAUCUUACCAUCAACCCCCCAAAGACUAUCCUUGGCUCUUCUGCUC